ACAUAAAUGUUCAUGUUCACCAAGUACCAAGAAGGGCCUCAAAGAAAUUCAAGUAGAGCCAGAAUUUAUCAAGAGCGAAAACCAAGUAAUCUACAGACAACGAAGGAAAGAAUCGAGUGAAAACCGUAAAGGACAGCUUUCUCGAAGGAAUAUCUUUUUUAUUUGGCCGUUAAGCACGAAGGAGGCUUUUUCCAGUCGUAAAAGCUUGCAGUUUGAGAAAUUUUUGUCGAAGAAAUUGACUCUAAUUGGUUUAGAGUAUAAAAAAAAAUUGUUUGUUGUGUUCCUUUUGGAGAAUAAGACAGCAAAAGGCUAUUAUCGACCGAUUUUUUUAGCAGCCCGAUGUCUUACAAUGGAAUUGGUUUGCAAACCCCUCGUGGGUCCGGUACAAAUGGCUAUGUGAUGCGAAAUUUAUCGCACGUAAAGCGGACAAAUGGCGCUGGCAACAAAAAGAUGCAGGAAUACGAUGAAAAAUCGCUAAUGAAACGAACAAUCAACCCAGAAAUUAGCAAACAUGAGCGUCGGCGGCGAAUUGAAUCGAAAGUGUUGUUGUUUCGAGAGGAACUGCUAGCACAUACCGAGUCGCAACAAACGCGUUAUCCCGAUGAAGGAAGUGAAGAGAGAGAAACAGAAAAAGGAGAAGGAGAAGGAGAAGGAGACAGAAAUGCGAUGUUUGAUGGUGCGAAGCAGACGGAAGAGAGUGGUAAAUAUUUGUCACAUGAUGAAGCUCAAAAACGAGACGAAGAGAUCGAAUUAUUAGUCCAAGAAUACCGUGAAAAAUUGUGGAAAGAAGCCGAAGAAGAAGAUAGGUACCAUCGAGAAAACAAUUUUGAAUCAUUAUUACAGAAUGAUCAGCCUUCGGGUGCUCGCAGUCGACCAUAUGAUAGAAACAUGGAUCGGGAAAGAAAUGACUCUUACAGACAAGAAAGAAGUGGUCAAAAAUAUGAAGGAAGGCUAGAAACCAGAAGAGAUGUAAGCCCUACAUCACCUCCUAGAAGGUCUCAUUAUCGAGGACAUCGAGAUUCGUACUAUCGAGGGAGAGAUAGGUAUCCGGACGAUGUGGAAAAGGAGUCCGAACCUGAGGGACGCUUUAAUCGAUGGGAACGUCCAAGGAGAAAAGAGUACGACAGCUAUUCGUCUUAUCGACCUCGUAAUCGUCGCCAUGGUCGUUCACGUUCUAUUUCAAGAUCUCCUUCGCCAAGGAAUCGAUCGGACACACGGUUUCGAACGAGCGAAGUAAGAGAAGAAAGAAACUUCCGUCCUACAAAUCAAUCAAUCAAUGACAGAGAAAGAUCACCACCUGAGCGAGGAGAGCUUGUAGGAUCCAACUCUCCUGUUGAAUGAAAUACGAAAAACAAGCUUCCGCACUUUUUUACUUAAUGAAAUCCCAUUUCCAAAGCAAAGUUUUUUUCCAAAACGUUCUUAAUAAACAAAACAAAC